ACCAAGAACCAGUUCAAAUCGAGACGGCCGGGUGGGGGCGAGGCGACGGUCUUUCUCUCCCUCGCCGUUCUCUGGCUUUAAAAGAAGAGCAGCUACACGGUAAAAAGAGCUCUCGCUCGCCGUAUUUCGUACCCUUGAAGACUUGGCGAUAUCUACUCCCUUUUCCUUUCUCUCUCUGUCGCUUCUUUUAUCGUUAUCGUCUCGGUGGAAGGAUUUUGUCUCCCUCUUUCCCUCUUGCGGCCAAUCUCGGAAAGUUUUAAGGGUUUUCUCUUUUGUUUCUUGCGAUGGAAAUCGGUGGGAUUUUGGCUCAUAUUCUGCAAUGCGGAGAUAUGCGGAGUUGAUUUCAGUCAGAUCUUUAAAUCCAGGGUUUUCCUGCACGGCGUUCUUUUUUUUCUGUGUUUUCCUUGCCCCUAGUUUUGUUACACUCCGCUCUCCAAUAAGCUUUUUAGUUAAUUUUCUGCUGCAGACGCGCGCGCACACUUCCAAUGAUCCGGGAAUCACGGGGGCUCAGGAAGCGGCCGUAACUUUCUACAUAUUUGGUGGAUCAAGAUGAUGGGAAGUUUUGUUACAAGAGCCUUGGUAUUGGUCCUUGGCUAUGCUUAUCCGGCCUAUGAAUGCUUCAAAGCUGUGGAGUUGAACAAGCCAGAGGUUGAACAGCUGAUAUUCUGGUGUCAGUAUUGGUACGUUCUUGUUGCUUGUCGGUGGAAAGAUUUUAUUUUCAAUCCUAUCUUCUGGUCACUUGUGGGACUAAAAGGAGACCUUUCGAUUUUAAUUCAUUUUUCUAGGAUUUUAGUUGCUGCACUGACCGUCUUUGAGAGGGUUGGAGAAUCUUUUAUUUCAUGGGUACCAAUGUACAACGAGGCAAAGCUGGCAUCCUUUGUAUAUCUUUGGUACCCAAAAACAAAGGGAACCACAUAUGUCUAUGAAACUUUCUUUCGGCCAUAUGUUGCAAAGCAUGAGAAUGAAAUAGAUCGUAACUUACUUGAGCUGAGAACGAGAGCUGGGGAUAUUGUUGCCCUUUAUUGGCAAAAGACUGCAAGCUAUGGCCAGACAAGGCUUUUUGAAGUCUUACAGUACAUUGCUUCGCAGUCACCCUCGCAGUCAUCGAGAUCACACCCUGUCCAGCAAUGCCAGCAGCCUCGGCAGAUCCGCCGAAUGGCAUCUACGACGGCUGCUCGCCAACAAACAGUCUCACAAGAGCAUCAACAGCAAACAUGUGCACCAUCCAACCCCACUAAGAGGCAGUUGCAAGAACCAGCCCCUCUGGUUGCCCAGCCGCCAGCCUCACCAGCACUUACCAGCUUGCCUAGUUCUGAAGUCACCGCUCUUCCUACUCCAGCAGGUGAUGGAGAAGCAAUGCAGGUAGAAGUGGCCAAUGCUGCAUCCAAAGAAGACACAAAUCCUCCCUCACAAGAGACUCCCAUGGAAGAGGCAAUCCGCAUGACCCGUGGCAGGUUGAGAAAAAGAGCUGCUGCUGCUGGUCCCUCAAUUCGUUAGUAGCAUCUCUUGCCUGCUCUCUCAAUAUUUCCUCGAGCAUUGCUUGUUCGUUGGUAGAGUGGAAAUGUGGGGCGAUUGAUUUGAGUGCAUUCUUUUGAAUCCAUCCAUCAACACAUAUGUAAAUAACCUAGAACAAGGUGGAGAUGCAUGUGUAGACAAGCAUCUAGUUGAUGAGUUUAGGGGGCCUUGAUGAUAUCUAUGCAAGUGGCUGAUUAGUUCUUAAUAAACUGCAUCUGGAUAUGGCAGCAGGGGACCAGAGAUGGAGGCGAAGCUUAGUUCAUGGAAGAGGAUUCACUCCGUUUGUGAUGAAUGGAUACAAAAAUGAAACAAGAUCACUGCAUGCACAUGAUUGAAUUCCCAAUCCUUUCGGGGCUGGGGCAUAAUCAUGAUUCCAUGCUCUGUUGCAGAGUCAUUUUGCCUGCCUUUUUAAUUGUAUUUGGUAUCGGAUGCUUAGAAGUUUAGUAAUGACAAUCAGGGGUGGCAUCUAUCAUUUCCUUUGGUAUUACCACCAUUGCCAUUAUUACCGCUGGACGGCUAGGCUACCAUUGCCUUUUUAGUUAAGCAGUUGGACCCGUUGGAAUGUAAUGGCUGGAGGAUGCAAUAUCUUGAUUAUGUUUUACAGCAGUUGGCAUCCAUUUCUAAU